UUGACAACCGGGUACUUGUGUUUUGUAAACAAGCUUGGCUGCAGUCGUCAUUGAAAAUAUCAAAUUUUCUGCUUAGUUUUUGCUAAAUUAUGAACUAAACCGGUGCGGAAAUAAUGAGUAGCGAUAUGCAGGUCAUCAAACUAAUCGAGGAAAUCCUGGGUGAGAAAACCAAUGACUAUGACUACGAGGGGCCGAUGCCGGACGAGGCUCAGCUGCAGCAGCGCGCCGAAGAAGGAAUCAAAAAGUUUGCCACUGUUUUCGCAACUAUGCCCCAGGAGACGAAGGAGAAUGCUCUGCGUUCAUGUCUUAUUCAUGUGGCCGGAAUCAAUCACCGGAACAAAGUGCAUAAACACAUGCAGGUUCUGAGGGAUUUGGUCGGGAAGAACCUCAUCCCAGCGCGGUUGCUUUGCGAGCAGAUUAUGAGUUCGGAAAAACUGACCUUCCAAAACCAGAGCUUCUGGAUCGAGUGCUUUCAGGUUGUCCGCCGGAUUAUCGGUGGCGUCGACUACAAGGGCGUCCGGGAGAUUAUGAAGUGCUGCAAGGAGAAGGCUCUGACGUUCCCUUCAGGAAUCAGUUCCAGCAUCCUGCCGCAGAUGCUGGAAUUGACCGAGGUGAUUGAGCACAUUUUUAAUCGGAAUGCGUGUCUUCUUCCGGCGUACUUCAUCAUCAAUGAGAUUCAGAAGGCGGACUACCAGGAUACCCACUGGCGGAUUGCCAAUCUGAUUGCGAACUUCAUCGAGGAGUUUGUGAUCGUGGCGCAGAUGUUGUCGAUCAUUGGCCACUCGUCGAUGCUACCGAUUGUGGAACACUCGUCCUAUGCGGACAAUCUGAUUAAUCCGUGGAAGCUGGACCCGAACACACUGAAACUUGCGCUGAGGGGUAAUUUGCCGUAUGAGCCGGAAUUGUUGCAACCGCAGAUCAAACUGCUAAGAUUUGUGCUAGAACAGCCCUACUCUAGGGACAUGGUCUGCUCUAUGCUGAACUUGCAGAAGACGCAAAAACAGAAAUGUAUGGCACUGGAGGAGCAGCUGGUUUGGUUGGUGAUGUGUGCCAUGGAAUGCUCUGAGAAGGAACCGGUCCACACCGUGGAUGGGGAAAUUUCUAGCCACACCCAGUGGGUGUGGCUGCAUUUGAGCUCGCAGCUGAUCUACUUUGUGCUGUUCCAGUUUGCGACAUUUCAGAACAUUGUGAAUACAUUGCAUGACAAGUUGGGGGCCAGUAAUCUCCGUCGCGGUCGCGAUCAUUUGAUGUGGGUGCUGUUGCAGUACAUUUCCGGAAGUAUUCAAAGAAAUUCGAUUACCAACUUUUUGCCGAUCCUUAAACUGUAUGAUAUUUUGUAUCCGGAGAGGGAACCACUUCCGGUUCCGGAUUACAAUAAUCCCCUAUGUACCCAUCAAAUGGCACCAACCUGCAUCUGGAUUCAUCUGUUGAAGCGUGCUCAGUCCGAACAUUACAAUAUUAAUCGCCCCAUUCCAAAAGCUUUGAAGCUGCAUCACGAGUUUCUUCAGCAUUUAGACAUGCCGAACAACAACGCCACCCUCUGUAUGGGAUCUGAUUAUCGACUGGCUCUACUCUGCAAUGCAUAUUCUACAAAUCCGGAAUACUUCUCGCGCCCGAUGGCUGCCCUAAUCGAAACCAUACUCGGAAACUGUAAAAAUCAAUCCGGUGGCGGAGGCACUCAAUCGCUUCCUACCGUACCUCUUUCGAUGUGCGUCCUAGACAGUCUGACCAUCCACAGCAAGAUGUCCCUCAUUCACAGCAUCGUGACGCACAUGAUCAAGCAAGCGCAGAGCAAGAGCACCAUCCCGAACUCAAACAACAUGGCUCCGGCCCUGGUGGAAACCUAUUCCCGGCUGUUGGUCUACACGGAAAUCGAAUCGCUCGGAAUCAAGGGCUUCUUGGCACAGUUGCUACCGCAGGUAUUCAAAUCGGCCGCGUGGGGAAUUCUAUACACGCUGUUGGAGAUGUUCUCGUACAGGAUGCAUCACAUACAGCCACACUACAGAGUUCAACUGCUGUCACAUUUGCACUCACUGGCUUCCGUUCCGCACACCAAUCAGAUGCAGCUGCACUCAUGUGUGGAAUCAACAGCAUUGCGUCUUAUCACCGGUCUUGGAUCGGUCGAAGUUCAAGCUCAGAUGUCCCGUUAUGUGAACGAACAAAAAGCUCCCGGCAACAUCGUUUCCGCCGAGAGCGAAGAACUGAACCGAGCCCUCAUUCUCACGUUGGCCCGAUCGAUGCAAAUAACUGGUACCGGAAACGAUCCCCAAUCAAGCACCUGGUGCAAGGAGCUCCUGAACAGUAUCAUGCAAAACACUCCGCACACGUGGUCGCAGCACACGUUGCAGUGUUUCCCGACGGUACUGAACGAUCUGGUUAUGCAGCACAACGUUCCCAAGGAAAACAAACAACUGCUGAAAAAAUCGGUCGACGAAGAGUACUGCAACUGGACGUCGAUGUCUAACGAGAACGAUAUCAUAGGACAUUUUGGAACGGCCGGAACACCGGGGACACCACCGCUGUUUCUUUGCUUGCUGUUCAAGAUGAUCGUCGAAACGGAUUCCAUCAGCCCGGUUGCGUACAAGAUCUUGGAACGUAUCGGAGCCCGCGCCCUUUCUGCUCACCUGCGUAAACUGUGCGACUAUUUGGUGUACGAGGUUUCUAACUCCAAAAUGAGCGCUCACGUCAACAAAUGCGUCGACACCAUCAACGAUAUGAUCUGGAAGUACAACAUCAUAACGAUCGAUCGACUGGUUCUGUGUCUUUCCCUACGAACACUUGAAAUCAACGAGGCUCAAGUCAGCUUUUGCAUCAUCCAGUUGUUGCUGCUGAAAACUUCCGAAUUCCGCAAUCGCUUGCAGGAGUUUGUCAGCAUUAACUCGCCCGAGCACUGGAAGCAAAACAACUGGCACGAACGCCAUUUGGCGUUCCAUCAGAAGUUCCCGGAAAAGUUUACUCCGGACGAAUCAGUGUCACAUCCUUCGCUACCGGUGUACUUUGGGAACGUGUGCUUGCGCUUCCUGCCGGUUUUGGACAUUACGAUUCAUCGAUACUUGGAGGUUCCUGCGACGUUGAGCAAAACACUAGACGUUCUGCUGGAGCACUUGGGGCCACUGUAUAAGUUCCAUGAUCGACCAAUCACCUAUCUGUACAACACCCUGCAUUACUACGAAAGGAUGCUUCGCGAGAGACCCCAGCUUAAGAAACGAUUGGUUGGAACAGUUAUUGGAUCACUGAAGGACGUACGACCGGAUAAUUGGGCCGUCACGGAACAGUACCAUUCGUAUAUGUCCGAAAAGGACGACACCGUAACCUGGAUGCCGGAUUUGAAUUACUACAUCUUCCUCGUCCGUCGAAUGCAGGACACAAUCGACGGCACCAACGUCUUCCCCGGCACGGACUGGCGCUUCAACGAAUUUCCCAAUCCGCCGGCACAUGCGUUGUACGUAACUUGCGUAGAACUGCUGGGUCUUCCCGUAGGUCCCCAGGGUGUAGCGAAUAGUCUGAUCGACGUGAUCGUCAAAGGUUACCCGAUAAUUCCUGCACAGAGCGUUCACAGCUGGAUCAACACAAUCGGUUUGAUUAUGGCUGCAUUGCCGGAGUCCUUCUGGGGGGUGAUCUACGAAAGGUUGCGAGAAGUAAUUAGCUGUUCGCAGAUGACCGAAUGGAUCCACCGUCAGAGUCCGUUCGAGCUCUUCAACUUUAAGAUUGUCCGCGAAGCUAUGCUGGAGAAGAACUAUGUGGUUAUCCUGGCGAUAGCGCAGAGCAUUUUGCAUCACAGCGGGAUUGGACAGAUCUCAACAGUUACUGAGUAUAUCAAAGAGAAUUUCAAGCCCAUCAUUAAAACCGAGUACCAAUUGAUUUAUCUGUGUCACUUGGUUGGUCCAUUCCUGAACCGACUUAGCACUGAGCGGCCCCGUGCCGUUUCGGAUAUUACUUUAAUCCUCUACGAGUUACUCGAACAGGUGGACAAAGCCCAACCCUCGAUAGCGCUCAAAUACAUGGACCCCAUUUGUGACCUGUUGUACCACAUCAAGUACAUGUUCAUCGGGGACAUGAUGAAGUCCGACUUGGAAGCGAUCAUUCGCCGGCUGAGACCGGCACUACAGAUGCGUCUUCGAUUCAUCACCAGACUGAACGUGGACGAGAUCGGGGUUGAUCAGCAGAAUGCUGAUGCUUCGGUAGGUGUGCAGAGUGCUGCACAACAAGGCGGUCAACAAUCUCAACAACAGCAACAACCCACAGUUGGGCAAGCUGGAGGGCAGCAUGCAGUUCCACAGCAACAGCAACAACAGCAGCAAGUCCAGCAACAGCAGUCUCAACAGCAACAACAACAGCAGCAAGGGCAGCAACAGUGAACGGCAACGUCGUUUUUGGGCGUCUUUUUUAUCAACGCUGCCAAAGUUAUCCAAACCUGAAACGAAACCACACAGAGCUCAUAAGGCCGAGGUUCUCCUGAAUCGCGCUAAGCGCCAAUAAAAGUUACUAUUUUUUUAUUUGGUCAAGUCCUCGUGUAGCGGAUUCAAAAAUUGUAUCGGAUAUCUCUCAACCCCAGAACUUAAGAUAUUUUACAAUAAAUGUACGCAUGAAUUGAUAUUAAAUAA